CCAUACAGGCUUCUGCGUUGCAACGAAAGAGUUAAAGUCCAAAAUCCUAUUAGGCCUCUGUAUGGUUACACUUUAAAUGAUUAAGACAGGUCACAUGGUCGGAAAUCAGUUGCUGCAGGCUGCAGUUUACCCGGAUGGUACACAUCGUAUCCGUCCGAUGAGCUGGACCUCUCUCCGAACAGGCCACCAUGGAUUUUAUGACAGAUCGGGACGUGCAAAAGUACGUGGAGGAUGGGUAUGUGGUUCUGGAAGGGCUGUUGAGCUCUCAGGAGUGUGACGAGCUGAGGCAAAGGAUGGCAGAGAUAGUGGACCAGAUGGAUGUCCCGGAGCACUGCCGCACCACCUUCUCCACCUAUCACGACGAGCAGCUCAAAACACAGGGAAAUGCUGACUAUUUCAUAACCAGUGGAGAUAAGAUCCGCUUUUUCUUUGAGAAAGGAGUUUUUGAUGACAAAGGGGAAUUCAUCGUGCCAAAACAGCGAUCACUAAAUAAAGUCGGACAUGCACUACAUGCCUAUGAACCAUUGUACAAAAAGGUUACACAUUCACCCAAGAUUCAGGGCAUAGCGAAGAAGCUGGGGCUUGCAAGUCCUGUGAUACUGCAAAGCAUGUUCAUUUUUAAGCAACCAGGGAAUGGUGGGGAAGUCACGCCGCAUCAAGACGCCACAUUUCUGUACACAGAGCCUCUGGGCAGAGUUAUGGGGGUGUGGAUUGCCCUGGAAGAUGCCACUGUUAACAAUGGCUGCCUGUGGUUCAUCCCGGGGUCACACAAUAGUGGUAUUUCUCGACGUAUGGUGCGCACCCCACCGGGCACCUAUCCCCUGACAGACUUCACCGGUCGAGAGCAGACCUACGAUGAUGAGAAGUUUAUCUCCGUGCCUGUUAAAAAAGGUGGUGUAGUCCUGAUCCACGGAGAGGUGGUGCAUCGCAGUGCUGAAAACACCUCCGAAGACUCCCGCCACGUCUACACCUUCCACAUCAUGGAAAGUAAGGACACCCGCUGGAGCCCCGACAACUGGUUGCAGCCCACUGAGGAGCUCCCUUUCCCGCCUCUCUACACUAAAUGAAGGAUGUUUUUUGGCAUUUGGCGCAGCAGUUUAUGGAGAGAUACUCAAUCCUAUCCUAAAGAAGGACCAAGAUACAGAAGGACCAAUAUGUAUGAACUGUUUUAACCAUAGAAAAUGUACUGCCAUUCUCAUGGCUUGUUUGUGUCCUGUAUGGAACCAUUUGUGGUACGUAGCCUGAUGUUACUGCGACAAAGUCAAUACUGAAUUAAUGGUGACUAAUUCUUAUUUUUGAUGCAUAUAACAAUAUUUUUUAAUGAUAUUUUUUAAUACAGUGAAAAAUUAAUUUGAAUAAACAUUUUUAAACUUUU